AUGCGUAUCUACAAAGCCCCCCAAACGGUCGAUAUCCCCCAAGACCUCAACCUCACCGAGCUCCUCCACACGAGCAACGACCCGCCUCUUCCUCCCUCCCACCUCAUCGCUAAAGAUAGCCUCACAAACCGAAGCAUUACAAUUGGAGAGCUUCGCCAGCGUGCAGGGAGAAUAGCAAAUGGACUGAACUCCACUUUCAAACCCCACGAUCAGAGCAGGUGGGCGGUGAUUCUGCCAAACAGCGUCGAGUAUCUCGAGGUCUUCCAUACGGUGCUCUGGGUUGGCGGAGUGGCGUGUCCUAUAAACCAUGCUAUCAAGGCGGAAGAGAUUGGCCAUGCGUUCUCGGUUACAAGGCCAGAUUUUGUCGUCGUAUACGGGCCUGUGCUACCAAAAGUGCUCGAGGCAGUGGAGGUUGCGAGGAGAGAUUUGACGGCCGAAGGAGUAGCCUGGGGUGCGCCUAAGAUUGUGACUGUGAUUGAGAGUGUCGAUGGGUACAAGCAUUUUCCUGAUGAUUUUCUUCCCCGGGAGAAGUUAGCUAUACCGCACUUCAACGAUACGAAAAGCCGUCUCGCAACAAUACAUCUCUCCUCUGGAACUACAGGCAAACCAAAAGGCGUCAAACUAACACAUUUCAAUUUCGUAUCCAACGUAUAUCAACUUCGUGCUCACGACCCGGCGCAGUUCCAUCGUGGCAGCCGUGUUGUCGCCUUUACUCCAUUCGCACAUAUCGGAAAUACAACAAUACCCUUAUUUCUCGGGCCGUUCAUGGGCAUGAUGCAUCAUGCUAUGCCCGCGUACGAUCUUGAAACAUUCGGACAGCUUGUAGAUUCAAAUAAAGCUACGAUCUUUCAGGGUGUGCCUUCUGUCGUCCUUUCGUUUGCGAAUACGGACAUUGCCGAGAGGUUUGAUUUCUCAAAAGCGGAAGCGAUAAACAUCGGCGGACCGCCUUUCAAACGGGACAUGCUUGACAGGUUAUUGGAUAAAGCGCCAUGGAGGUUGAACCAAGUCUACGGAAUGACGGAAGGCGCUGGCUACGUCGCGUACCAAAGAUCUACUGACAAACAACUGGAAGGGGUGGUAGGGCCUCUAGUACCAAACAUAGAGGUAGCGUUGCGUAUCAACGACGGCAAAGAUGAUGCGCCUGAAAGCGGCCCAGGCGAGCUAUGGGUGAGGGGCCCCAAUAUUACGAGGGGAUAUGCUUUCAACACUGAAGCAAAUCAAUCGGCGUUCCCUCAGGAGGGAUGGUAUAAUACAGGAGAUGUUUGUACGGUUUCGAAAGACGGGGUCAUUGCGGUAGUAGGGCGGACGAAGGAGCUGAUCAAGUACAAGGGCUUCCAAGUGAGCCCUGCGGAGCUGGAGUCGUAUCUCAACUCUCAUCCCCAUGUUGUGGAAGCAGGUGUGGGACCUGUCUUUGACGAGAGCCAGCUCACGGAGCUACCGACAGCGUAUGUAAUCCUGAAGGAUCAUUUAGUCCAUGAAAAGGAUAGAAGGACGGCUCUGAAGGAGAUUCAAGCGACGGUGGACGACCGGGUGAGUGGCUAUAAAAAACUGAGAGGCGGUGUAUGGGAGGUGAACCUGUUGCCGAAAAAUCCAACGGGCAAAAUCCUGAGGAAACAACUCCAAGACCACAAGUCGGGUCUAAGCUCUCUAGAUAGAGGGGAUAGGAGAUCGAAAUUGUAG